AUGAUGCAAAAUGUGACCGAUGUACCCGCAAAGAACUGGACUGCGUUUUCCAGGAGCACCGGCGUGGCAGAAAGCCAGGCACAAGCAACAGCGGCUGCGGCACGAGCCGUCGAGGAGCGCGGCAAUAACACUCUGCAGCCCUACAGCCUGUUCAGCCCUGCUGCCACACAAGGAAGCUUUAGUCUCAACACCGUAUUCGACAACGAUGCCGGCCCGGUGGGAUUGCCCGGCCACGCCCCCUCUAUGCCGGCAGAAGACCCGGUUCGUCUGAGACUUGUCCAUCAAUCCGUGGCAAAGUCGCUGUUCGACAACUUCAUGAGCAUCCUCAAUCCCUACAUCAGCCAGUUGGAUCCAGUGUUGCACACCUUUGAAUGUGUCCAGCAGCAGUCUACGCUUCUUUUCAGCUCCAUUCUAUCAGCCGCGGCCAAGUCGUUUAACCCAGCACUUUACACCCGUCUUCACAAUCAUGCAGAGACUUUACUGGCUGAUAGUUUCCGGCAUGGCCACAAGUCUACCGCAGUCAUACAAGCCAUCAUGAUAAAUACAUACUGGAAGGAGCCAAAGGACACACGGGCGUGGACUGCUCUGGGAUAUGCAAUCCGUCUGGGCAUGGAUCUCGCUAAUGAGUGCAGCAUAAGCCUGCAGACCGGCAAGCCCUGGAUGAUUGAGCGGGACACAUUUAUGGAGUCGAUCAAUCCUUGGUGCAAAGACCCUCUUGCAACGGCCAACGAUGCGCUUUUGGGUGCGUUCGUCACGCUGAGGCUAUUGAGCUCAGAGGUGUUUAAGCUUCUGGGCCCCAAACCUUGGAGUAGCCACGGCAGCUGCGUUUAUAAUUUUGAUUCGCUGCUGGCCAUCAUCCGUGGCCGGAUCGAAGAAUGGGAGGCUCGCUGGAUUGCGUGUGUCGACACAGCCGACAUCUCGUCAAAUCUUGAGAUCUUGUGGGUCAGUUAUUCCAGCGCUAUGAACAUGCUGAACCUGGUAUGUCGCUUCGCCCCCCGGCUCUACUUUGCGCAGGACUCUGUCCAUAUUAUGACGGCGUACAGUGCUGCAUUUUUGGUGAAGCUGUUGUUAUCGGCCCCGGAGUCGAUCGUGGCCGAAAUAGAAAACAAGACGGUCGCUGCCAUCUGUGCGUCUGGACAAGCAUUCUCACAGCAAGCCGCGCCUGAUGGUUCUAGCUGUGCUCUGCAGGCUAAAUUUCUCGAGAAGGUUUUGUCAAAUUUCAAGGAGAAAAGAGGAGAGCAGCCGUCGAUGAGGGAGAUGGACAGCAUCACUGUUCCACUACAGCAACCUGAACGGAACAAAAGCGGAGACACGGCUUCCGAGUCGUACAGACAAGCACAACAACCCCUGUCCGCCCAAGGCAUAGCACUGGAAACAGAAGAGCGAUCUACCUUUCUCACCGGCACCGUGCACGACGGAUUGGACUUGUACCAGACGGAGCUGGAAGCAGCUCCGUCUGACUAUUUUGAAUGGGCAGAUCUAUGUGCCAAUGCUGGUUUCAGCAUCCAAGACGGUGUAUUUUUUGCGCGAGAAGACUACGACGCAGAGUAG